CGCGGGGGGCCUGCUCGCGGCCGCCCUGCUGCCGCUGUGCGCGCGCCGGGCCGGCAGCCGCGCGCGCCGCGUCGCCCGGCGUGCGCGGGGCGGGGAAGGGGCCACCCGCGUGGUCGAGCUGCCCGAGGGCUGCAUGGUCGGCGACGUCUCCGAGGAGUGCGUCGGGCACUGGGCGCGGCCGUGCUCCGAGCUGACCAUCGGGGUGCUCCGCGAGACGGCCAAGCAGGCGGGCACCUCCGAGCCGGAGAAGCGGGUCGCGGCGACGCCGGCGUCCGUGAAGAUGCUCCUCGGCGAGGGCUACAGCGUGGUCGUCCAGGCGGGCGCAGGGGUCAACGCGGACAUCUCCGACGCGGAGUUUGAGGAGGCGGGGGCGACGGUGCUGCAGGGCGCGAAGGCCGUCGCGAACGCGGCGGACAUCCUGUUGAAGGUGAGGCCGCCCACGCUGGGGGAGGUGGGCAUGAUGAAGGAGGGCACUGUGCUCAUGAGCCUCAUCCAUCCUGCGCAGAACAAGGAGCUGGUCGCGAAGCUCCAGGCCAAGAACAUCACCUGCUUUGCCAUGGACCAGAUGCCCAGGACGCUGAGCCGGGCCCAGUCGUACGACGUGCUCAGCUCGAUGGCCAACAUCGCGGGCUACCGUGCCAUAGUCGAGGCCAGCGGCCGCUUCGGCCGCUUCUUCGCCGGCCAGUUCACAGCGGCUGGCAAGGUCGAACCGGCGAAGGUGUUGGUUAUCGGCGCGGGGGUGGCCGGGCUGGCUGCGAUCCAGCAGGCGCACAACAUGGGCUGCAUCGUGCGCGCGUUCGACGUGCGUGCCGCCUGUAAAGAGCAGGUGGUGGCGGCCGGGGCCGAGUUCCUGGAGGUCAAGAUCGAGGAGGACGGCUCGGGCGAUGGCGGCUAUGCCAAGGAGAUGUCCAAGGAGUUCCUGGAGGCCGAGAUGGAGCUCUUCCGGUCGCAGUGCGCCGAGUGUGACAUCGUCAUUACCACGGCCCUGAUCCCUGGCAGGCCAGCCCCCAAGCUGAUCACCAAGGCCCACGUCGACGGGAUGAAGCCUGGCAGCGUCAUCGUGGAUCUGGCCGCCGAGACGGGCGGGAACGUGGAGACUACUAAGCCCGGACAGGUUUACGAAUACAACAAGGUGACCCACGUCGGCUUGUCGCUCUACGAGCACAUGCCCAGCCAGAUGCCUGCGCAGGCCUCCUUUCUGUUCGGCAACAACCUGGCGAAGUACAUCCUGAGCAUGGGUCCAAAGAAGCACUUCUACAUCGACUUCGACGACGUCCCCACACGCGGGGCGCUGAUCACCAUGGGCGGGGAGUCGAUGUGGCCGUGGAGCCCGCCGAAGCCGGCGGCGCCGGCAGCGCCUGCAGAGCCGGAGGUUUCGCCAGAGCCCUUGGCCGUGGAGCUGAGCCCAGAGGAGCAGUCCUUCCAGAGCUCCGCCUACUCCGCUGCCGGGGUGUCCGCUGCGGUGGUCCUGCUCCUGCUGGCCGGCGCCGCGGGCCCCGCCAUGACGCCGAUGCUCACCACGCUGCUGCUGGCGCUCAUCGGGGGCGCACAGGUGGUGUACGGGGUGGCGCCGGCCCUCCACUCGCCGCUGAUGUCGGUCACGAACGCGAUCUCUGGGCUCACCGUCGUGGGCGGCGUGCUGCUCAUGGGCGGCGGGCUCCUCCCGGAGACGCUGCCGCAGUGGCUCGGGGCGGCCGCCGCGCUCAUCUCGAUGGUGAACGUGGGCGGGGGCUUCGUGAUGACCAACCGCAUGAUCGGCAUGUUCCAGCGGAAGGGCGACGUGCCCCAGUUCGCCGAGCUGUACGCGGUGCCGGCCGCCCUCUUCGUCGGCCUCUACGUGGCGGGGUGCCAGCUCGGGUACUUCGACCUCGCGGCCGAGAGCCAGAUGGUCUACCUGAUCGCCUCGGUCAUGUGCGUCGCGGCCAUCGGCGGGCUCAGCUCGCAGAGGACCGCGCAGUUCGGCAACGCCAUGGGCGUGGCGGGCGUGGCGGGCGGCCUCGCCGGCACCGUCGGGCUCGUGGUCGCCUCGGGCGCGCCGGCCCCGGUGCUGAUGCAGAUCGGCGGCACGCUGGCGGCGGGCGCGGCGGCGGGGGGCGCUGUGGCGUCGCAGGUGGAGAUCACGGCCCUGCCGCAGCUGGUGGCCGCGUUCCACUCCCUCGUCGGGGCCGCGGCCGCGCUCGCGGCGGUGGCCUCGGCUCUCGGGGCGGAGGCGGGGGCCACGGACAGCAUGCACGUGGUCUCCGAGUACCUCGCCGCCGGCAUCGGGGCGCUGACCGUGACGGGCUCCGCGGUGGCCUUCGCGAAGCUGCAGGGGCUGGUCCCUGGUGCUCCGCCGAAGCUGCCGGGGGGCUCGGCGGCCUCCGCCGUGGCGCUGGCCCUCUUCCUGGGCGGGCUGGCGGCGCAGCUGGGCCCCAUGCCGGGUGUGGAGAUGCUGCUGGCUGGCGCCGCCUCGGCAGGGCUGCUCGGCCUGCUGGUCACCUCGCAGGUGGGGGGCGCAGACAUGCCCGUGGCCAUCACGCUCCUCAACAGCGCGUCGGGCUGGGCGCUCACCGCCGAGGGCUUCGUCCUGGACAACACCCUGCUGACCAUCGUCGGUGCUCUGAUCGGCUCUUCGGGCGCCAUCCUCAGCCAGAUCAUGUGCGAGGCCAUGAACGCGAACCUCCUGGACGUGCUGGGCGUCACGCGGAAGGAGCAGGUUGGUGGCGGCUCCACCUUCGAGAUCGAGGGCGAGGUCACGACGACGAACCUGGACGCCGUCGCCGAGCAGCUCGUCUCCGCGAAGAAGGUGAUGAUCGUGCCAGGCUACGGCGUUGCCGUCUCCAAGGCCCAGUACGCGAUGGCGGACCUCAUCGCGACGUUGACGAAGGAGGGCGUGGACGUGAAGGUCGCCAUCCACCCCGUGGCCGGGCGUAUGCCUGGGCAGCUGAACGUGCUGCUGGCCGAGGCGGGCGUGCCGUACGACCAGGUGAAGGAGAUGGAGGAGAUCAACGACCCCAGCGACUGGGGGGACGUCGACGUCUCGCUGGUGGUCGGGGCGAACGACACCUGCAACGCCCUCGCGGAGGACGACCCUGGGAGCCCGAUCUACGGGAUGCCCGUGAUCCGCGUGUGGCUGGCGAAGAGCUGCGUCGUGAUGAAGCGCUCCCUCGCGACGGGCUACGCCGCCCUGGAGAACCCCGUCUUCUACAAGGAGCCUGCGGGCGCUCCGUGGCCGCACCGUGGCUGGAAGCAGGGGGGGCUGCGAACGGGCCAGCGCCGGUCUUGUUUUGAUCGGCCAGUUUCGGGCCUGUCCCCGUCUUGCAGGGCACCCCACCCCCCCUGA